AUGUUCACAGAUUUUAGGUCAGUAUUCACACGUCUGACUUUAAAACAUGAAGAAAUAAGAAUGUUCAAUGAUUUUUUGUAAAAACCGCCUAAAACCUAAAACACCUGAAAAAUUCCGACAGUGCCGCUCUACCGCAAUCCCAUUCGAAAACUGACCGCGGCCGCGAUGUUUUCGCGAUCCAAUUUAAAUUUAAAUUUUUAUUUUUUUAAAGUACUUUUUAGUACUGAAUUCACGUGGAAAGCAGUAGAGCGCGUUUGUCUGACUUCUACGGCUGCAAUACUUUCUUUGCUUCCACUGGGCUUAUUUACAAAAAAUCACUUGAGAAAUCAGAUUCUCUGGGAACUCGAUCGCAAUCUAAUUAGAAAACUUUGCAAUAGACUAUAGAGCGAAAUAGAGCUUUUUCUUAUUAGAUUGCAAACUCUUCUAAUUAGAUUGCAAUCGAGUUUCCAGAGUUGUUCCUUUUUUGUUGAAAAACUCUAAUCGUUCGAAUGUAUAAUUCUUCUUCAGAUAUAGACCUGGUGACGUCCUCAUGGUUCGACCGUAUAACAUGAAGGAAACUAUUGAAAUCGCUAUAGAAGCCCUUGGAUUCUCUGAAGAGCUCCUCGACAGACCAGUGAAAGUCAUGAAGAAUUAUGAAUUUAUCAAAAGUCCGCCAUAUUAUCUACUUGGAAGUAAGAAGAGAACAAACGUAGUACUUCAUUUACUAGACCUCACUUUUUCAAAGAUAUAACCACUCUACGAAUUUGUCUCGAACGAUACUUCGAUCUUCAACAAGUGCCAAAAAGAUCGUUCUUCGAAAUGCUUUCGUAUUUUUCUAAAGAUCCAGCUGAGAAAGAGCGGCUAUCAGAAUUGGCAAGUUCAGAAGGCAUUGACGAUCUUUACGAUUAUGCUAGAAGGUCCCGCCGAACGUCAGCCGAGGCGCUCCGAGAUUUCCCAAACACUGCGAAAAAUCUGAACCCAGAUCAACUUUUUGAAAUUCUCCCGACAAUUCGGCCUCGUGCAUUCAGCAUCGCGUCUGCUCCAAAUAUGUCUAAUGUCGAAUUGCUUGUGGCAAAAGUGGAAUAUUCAACUAGACUAACAGAUAAACGACGGGGAUUGUGUAGCACAUUUAUUUCAAGGCUGGCCCCAGGAGAAAAGGUUAUCUUAGAAAGUACAUUCAAUUUAUCGCUCUGGUCAAGAUUGUCUUGCCCAUUCGGUGUUAGCAUGUGCUUUCCUAAUUGCAAUAAAAUUGGCCUGAGUCUAGAUAGACCGAAAAGAUGAGAGAUAAAUUGAGUGUAAAAUAAUAUGAAGUAGUAGUUUUAUUUAGGUUUUCUGCAAAAUACGUUCGGGAACGUUCAAGUUCCCAAGCCCUCAACAGCCGAUAAUUUGCAUCGGUCCUGGUACCGGCGUCGCUCCUUUCAGAAGUCUUUUCGUGGAACGGAGCCAAUUGUAAGCAUUCGAUAAUAGUUUUUCAGAUUUAUCACGAUUUCGUUUGUUUUCAGAGUUGCUGAGGAGAAUAGUCUCCUUUUUUUUGGCUGUCGAAAACAGCGCAGUGAUUUCUACUUCAGAGAUGAAUGGGAAAAGCUGUAUGGUGUGGAGGUUGUGACUGCAUUUAGCCGUGAUUCUGAAAAAAAGGUGAUUGCCGAAUUUCUCCUACUGAAUUUCAUCUUCAAACCCACAGAUUUAUGUGCAACACAAAAUUGAAGAACGAGCAAAGCAAUUUAAGCGUCUUUUGGAGCUUGGAGCUCCAAUUUUUGUCGCCGGAAGCUCAGGAGACAUGCCCAAAGCAGUCAUCAAUGUGAUAAAAGAGAUCAACGGAGAAGAAUGGACAAAAAAAGCAGAAGAAACUGGAAGGAUUCAAUUGGAAACGUGGUCUUAG